GAUAAUACCUGAUUAAAAAUUAGUCCUCUUCAUCUACUUGGAUAACUCCUUUCGCUUGUUCUUGUAUUUCCUGGUCUUUUUGAGUAAGCAUUGCAUGUCCCUUCUGAUUUUCUUUACCUGAUUACUCUACCAUAAUUUGCUCUGAUUGUUCCUUCAGAUCUUCUUCUAUCAGGAUUCCUUAGUCUAUUAUAUCUGCUUACUCUCCAAUUAAUUUUCGUUCUACAAUACUCCUUUCUACUUAGUAUUUUCUUUUAUUAAAAUUUGAAUCAAUUAAUUUCCUCCAUUUUUCUUCAAUCAGCUUUCUCUCUAUUAUCUCGAUCAUUGGGCUUUGUCGCUAUUUAAUUCCUCUCUUACGUUGGGCUGCCUCUCUAGGCUCUCUUUCUUUACUAAUUCGCCUUGCUCUUAAGCUUUUGAAUAACUUUUUGAUCAUGUCUUUUUUUGACCUUGAACACCUAUCAGAGCCAAGACUUGCUCUUUGUGAACCACUUUGAUCUGACCUUCUCUCACUAUAUCCUCUGGAUCUUUGAGAAUUCUCAUUUAAAAUUUUCUUGACUUGUAAUCCUCACCAGGCACUAUUCUACCUCCUCUAACACUUCCUCAGAGUCUGGAUUUCCUCUAUUCUUGAAGUAUGUUCAACUCUUCUGAGUAGAACUCUUCUUUGUGUCUUUAUUAAGUACACACCAUUU